UGGACAGUAACACGAGCGAUGCGGUCGCGCCCGCACGGCGACCCGCCUCUAUACCGUUCACGACAUUGACGUGCUAUUAACAAAAUAAACGGACAUUUUCACGGGUAGGGUUAACAGCUCAAGCAACAAUCAAAAAUUGGAUUAACAAAAUCAAGCUUCGUCAAAAUAAAAUGCUCAAACAACAAACAAGGAUAUAAAAAAACAAUCAACAUGGGUUGUGGUUCUUCCGGCAACGUGGUUCCAAGUCAAGACGACUCUACUAAUGACCAAGGGAAGAUGGUGAACGGUAACGGUCACCAUGACGACGACGAUCUGCCUACCGUCGUCCUACCCGAAUCGCCGAUCAAGCCUAAGCCUCCAAUAGCUUUUGAGAUUCCAGUAGAAGAGUUCGACAGCAGCCGUCGGUCGUCAAACACGCCUCCAGCGCACCUACAACGGCUGCUUCAGCCGCCGCAGCCAGACAUCACCCUUCCUGAUAUAGAAGAGAAACUCGCUGUGGCUGAACAAAGAAGACUAUCUUUACUCCAACAGAGAGCCGCUUCAGCACAGAAGAGGACACAGAAGAUGCUGCGCUCAGCUAAUACUGUGGACGCAACUAAAACUGAACUGGAGGCCACGGACAUCAACAAACACGUCACGAACACUCUGACCAUUCCUCCAGAGCCUGGUCUGCUCGAAGACAAGACCAUCAGAUAAACAAAAAUCACUUGACCAUAAUUUUUACAAUAAGUCAGAGUUCUACUUAAUUUUUUUUCUAUUCGUGUGCAAUACAUAUUCCUUGAUUAAAUCAAUAUUAAAU